CGCCAAAACUCGACAUGAACUGUCAAUACAUAGUCAACGGUCGGCCAGACCUUUGCGCUUUGACUUCCGGUAACCGAGUCCGACCCUACAUCCGGCAGGUCCUGCAAUGAGCCUCAAGGGAAAACGGUUUCUAGGGAUCCAAAGACGACUCCACCAAUGUCCCACAUUUCCAAGUAACACCACUGCGGCCUAUUCCCCUGUUACUAUGUAUAAUACCGCAGACAUGGCUCCCUAUACACUACAUUCGCGUAGCCCUUUGGGGAAUUCUCGACAAGGUCAAAGACAAGGCCUUCAAACCAACCCUGCCUCCUGCAGAACACCCCUGGAACAAUGGGGCUCUAAUCGGUAAAGUCUCCUCUCUGGGGACGACCCCUGGUCCGUCCUUGAAAGGCUGCUUGGUCCUGGGGCAGAGUCGAGAACAUCUUUAAUCCGGUGGCUCCUCUGUCCCUAAGAGGUCCCACAGUCUCGCCUUCUUGCUCUUCUUUCAGGCUUAGGUGUGCUGUCUGUGUCUUCAACUCCGUCGUUCGUUAUCUGAUCCAUACCCCAAAACGCCAUUCAUAUACUCCACCCGAAUAUCAAAAAUCCGGCCCGUGUCCGGGUUUCCGAAUACCUUCAUCCCGAGAAAGACGUCGACAACUGUGUGGCCGAAACUACCAAAAACACCAAAGGGUCAGAGCAUGUGUCAGUAGAGGGCCAUCCUAAUCAUGGGAUCCAUCCGAACCACAGUUGCCAUUCUUGGCCUGUGCCUAUUCUUGUUCUUCACCAAUAUCGCCUCUGCCGAACAAGUCAUCGAGACGCCGCCAAUCAAUCUCACGGAGGCCUUGGGGAGCUUGCCACAUUGUGCUCUCAAUUGCCUCGUCAACACCGUCACCACCGUAGGGACAUGCGGCACUCUGUUAAACCCCAACCUGGCCGACUGUGUGUGUCACAGUCAGCAAAUCAACGACCUUUCGGCCGCGUGUAUCCAUGGGGCUUGCACUAUCAAGGAAUCUCUUACCGCCAAGAACAUCACCUCCCACCUCUGCCACGAGCCCAUCAGGAAGAACACCACCAUCGUUCCCGUCCUUGCCGUGUUCCUCGGCCUUGCCCUAUUCGCGGUCGUUCUGCGGGUGCUUGCCCGUGUGUUGACCAGGGCUUAUUUCUGGUGGGAUGAUUUGUGCAACCUUUUCGCCUUCUGCGGUUGCAUUGGUUUCAGCUCUCUCAACUUCCGAUCGAUUGACCAUGGCUACGGACUUGAUAUUUGGUAUGUCAAGUUUGACGACGUCACUACAAUUUUGAGGUUAUUCUACGCCAACAUGUUGCUGUACACGGUCUCCCGCUUUUUUGUCCGGGCCUCCAUCAUUCUCUUCUACCUCCGCGUAUUCCCCAAGGACAACAAGGUCAGCCGCAUUCUUACCUACACCAUGGCCUUCAACGUCGUCUACAACUUCAGCUUCUUGUGCGCCGUCAUCUUUCAAUGCACCCCCAUCAAUAACUUUUGGUUGUCUUGGUCGGGAGAGAGCCAAGGUCACUGUGGAAACGUGCAGGCACUUGUCUGGUCCGCUGCGGGUACGGGUAUCGCCUUUGACAUUUGGUUGCUUGUCUUGCCGUUCCCUCAGCUGUUUGCUCUCAAUCUCCACUGGAAGAAGAAGGUUAUGGGCUGUGUGAUGUUCAGCGUUGGUGCUUCUGUCAUGAUCAUCAGUUUGAUCCGACUCAAGACCAUUCCCCAUUUCGCAAAGGCCGAGAACCCAACCAGGGACAUUGCCGAUCUUUGCAUUUGGUCUGGCGUCGAAAUCGAUGUCGGUGUCAUCACCCCCUGCCUUCCUAGCUUACGACUGCUGUUCCGCAAGCUGCUCCCCAGCAUCCUCGGGACAACUAACAAGUACGAGCUCGAGCCCGUGUCAGCCAGCGCCAGCACCGCCAUGAACAAGAGUCUUGCCAGCAAGAGCAAACCCACAUUCCACGAGUCCACUAAGACGACAAUGGACCAUGGCCACGACGGGUCGUCGAUAGGGACCAAGUGUACGCAUGAUGAUGAUCACUCGCAGCUGCAUGGUGCGAGCUGCGAGAGCAUUACCGAGCUGGUUACCGACUCGGAUGAGGAUUUCAAGAAGAUGGGGUCCAAAGUAUGACACUUGUCUACACGAAAGAAGUGCUGUCAAAGCUCGAUUUGCUUGUUUUUUUUUUUCUUUUGUUCUUUUUCUUUUCUUCUUUUCUUUGAGUUCUGGAUACAGUAAUACCCGAACUGGAACAACAGAGAACAGUCACACACACACACACACAAAAGUUCUUUGCGUCUCUCGUUUAUGGAAAAGGCGGCAAGAAAAGCUGAAGCUGGAGCAACGCACGUCUCAUGACAUAAUUUUUGUGUACGUCUAUUAUAUGGGUUGAUGGAUGGAUGGAU